UUUCCGCUUUAGUCCUAGUUGUCAAUAAUCAAUGCCAGAGAUUCUAUUGUAAGGCUCUGCAAUGCAUAAGAUGUUAACAGGCCCUUUACUUGUAUACUAUUUGUGAUCGCCAGUAACGUGUGGAAAAUAAAUGAUGUCGACGUGUUAUAGUUAUUCAGGACAGCCGUUUAAUUUCAAAGGGUUUCUGUUCUUUAUAACAUUAAUUUGUUCAAUACUGAUACUAGCGAACUGUCAUCUUGCCAAAGACAGUCCGGGUAAAUUGUUGCUAGUUUCCUUUGACGGGUUUAGAUGGGACUACCUUUCUAAAGUGUCCGGUAAAACACCCAAUUUUGAGAAGUUUAUGACAAAUGGUGGUCAAGCCCGGCAGGGUAUGAAAAAUUGUUUUAUGACCAAAACACUUCCUAACCAUUUUACACUAAUUACUGGAUUGUAUGAAGAAAGCCAUGGAAUAAUAGGAAAUUACAUGUAUGAUCCAGAAUUCAAUGAAACUUUUAGCUUCAAAAAUAGUACACAGUACCAUGAAUCAAAAUGGUUUGAUAAUGGUGGAGAACCUAUCUGGGUAACAAAUCAGUUACAAGGUAAUGAUAGACGAACUGGGUCAUUGUUUUGGCCAGGUACUUAUGCAGCUGUAAAGGGUGUUUUACCAACUAGAAAUAUAGAAUAUAAUGAUCACCUACCAAAUAAAACACGUGUAGAUAUGAUUAUUGACUGGUUUACUGCUGAAUAUCCAAUUAACUUAGGACUACUGUAUUUUUCCGAACCUGAUGGAUAUGGCCAUCACUAUGGACCUGAAUCUCAAGAGGUAAUGGAUAUGGUCAUUGCCUUAGAUGAAAUUGUUGGUUAUUUACUAAAUAAAACUGAAGAAAAAGGCUUAGAUGAUUUGAAUAUUAUCAUCCUUAGUGAUCAUGGGAUGAGCAAUACACCAAUGGCUGAUGUGAUUAAUUUAGAUGACCAUAUUCAUCCCAAGGAUUAUAGAAUAAUUGACAAUGAUCCAGUUGGUCUCAUAUAUCCUAAUGAAGGAAAGAAAGAAACCAUUUAUAAAGCCCUGUCCCAAAGUUCUAAAGAAGGUAAAGACCGUGGCAAAUUUGAAGUGUACUAUAAAGAAGAUGUACCAUCUCAGUAUCACUUUGCUAGCAAUAGAAGAAUACCGCCUAUUGUUAUUAUAAUGAAAGAUCAUUAUACAUAUACUUAUUAUACAACUACCAUCACAUAUAAUACAAAAGGUACACAUGGAUAUAACAAUAGUCUACAAGAUAUGCAUCCAUUUUUUCUGGCAAUGGGACCAGCUUUUAAAAAGGGAGCAAUUGUAGAUAGUUUUAAUAAUCUAGAUGUUUAUCCAUUGAUGUGUCAUAUAUUGGGUUUAAAACCGGCACCAAAUAAUGGUACUUUAGAUAUAGUCAAAGAACUAUUACAUGAGGAGAAACAGUAUACUUUUGUAACAUUUGCUACAUAUAUUGGUAUUUUAGUAUUCAUAGCUUUGGUUGGUGGUAUAUUUAUGAUGGCAGCUUGUCGUCAACAUCGCUAUAUGAAACGUAAACAGCAAUAUUCCCUUACAUCUGUACCAGGUGGUGUUAAUUUCUCGUCUGUAUUUCAACAUGAAUCAAAAUUACCUUUAUUAUCAGAUUCUGAAGAAGAAAGCACACCCUGAUUCAACAGCUUAUGUUACAACCAUUUUCAUUAGUUUAAAUUCAUCUUUCAAAAUUUAUGUUUAUGUUGGUAGUGGUGAUACUUGAAUGAAAGUAAAGGUUUGAAUUUAUAAUCUGUUUUUAGAUGGGGGUUGGGUGGCUGAAUGGUUGAAGGUCUGUCAUUGAGUCAAGAGGUGUGGUUUUGACUCCCUGUUUGUACGUGACAAGGAGUAGGGUCACCUCUCCAAUCUUGUGGGUUUUCAUUGGGUUCUCCUGUUUCGUAAAACUGCUCAAGACUCCUAUGCGCAAUUGAAUUAUUGAAAUAAAAUUAAACGAUAUGUUAGUUCCGGAAUGACCUAGUUUGUGUUGAGUCAACAUUAAAUCCAAUUUCUCUCUCUGUUUAAAUGAAUAUAACAAUUGUAAACAAAUGGCAAUUACACCCAUGUGUAUGGCAGCAGUCCCACAAGGACAAGUUUGGUGUGUUAUGUAUUAUUAUGUGAAUCAAUUUUAAGUUAUUAUAAGUUUUUUGUCCUUUUAUAGAUUUAGAUACAUUAUAGAGCUUCACAGUUCUAAUUUUAAUUAAAGAUGCAUUAUGUAAGAUUUAAAUAAAGAGCUGACAGUUUUUUUCUAUAAUUGUUUUAAAUUAGAUAAUAAAAAAAGAAUAUAUUGAAAAUUUAAGUCAAAUUACUUUGUUCUGAUGAAGUUACGGCUAUUUGAAGAAUAGCGGAGUCUCGAUUGUCAAUGCUACCAUUGUUACUAUAGUAAGCUGAGUCUCAAUUAUCUAUUUUUUAUACGCCCACAUUGAAAUGUGGUCUAUAUUGUCGUCACCCCCGUCCGUCCAUGUUUAAGGUCGUAAGUCGAAGAAGCCUUUUGAUUUUCAACAAUAUCCGAUAAUUACUGCCAGAGUUAUGGCCCUUGAUCACUUUGAAAUAUCUUGUGGACACUCUAGAGGCUAAAGUUAAUAUCUAAUUGACUUUAGAUUUAUACACAGUAAAGGUCAUUUGAUGAAGAAGCAUAUCGAUUUUCAACGAUUUCCGAUAAUUACUGCCAAAGUUAUGGCCCUUGAUCACUUUGAAAUAUCUUGUGGACACUGUAGACGCUAAAGUUAAUAUCCGAUUGACCUUAAAAUUAUACACAGUGUUUAAGGUCAUCAGACAAAGAAACCUGUUGAUAAGGUCAUCAGACGAAGAAUACGAAGAAACCUAUUGAUAAGGUCAUCAGACGAAGAAACCUAUUGAUUUUCAACGAUUUCCGAUAAUUACUGCCAGAGUUAUGGCCCUUGAUCACUUUGAAAAAUCUUGUGGAUGCUUUAGAGACCAUAGUUAUCAUAAUAUAUAUAUCUCCUAACCAAAGCAAAAUUCAAUUCAUCUAUCACAAGGACCGGCUUUUAUGUAUCUAAAUGCCCGGAUCUUCGAUGUAAAUGUUGCGACCAUAUUACGCCAAAUAGCAAAUAUAAUUUUCCUAAGUUUACAUUUAGUGUCAACGACAAUAUGAAUUGUGACACAAAAAAUCUCAUAUAUGUCUUGACUUGCAGUGGGUGUCUAAAUUUUUACAUAGGGGAGACGUCCACGCAUCUACGGGAUAGAGUACGCAACCAUCGACGGGAUUGUAAUAUUGAAAAAGGGCCCUUAUUUGUAAAUAGACAUAUUUUUAAAUGUGCACAACACCUACAAGUAAAAUUCCAAAUUUUCCCUUUUUAUAAAAUGAAAGUCGAUGACACCACGAAAAGGAAAUUAAUGGAAAACCAUUUUAUUAAAAAAUAUGUUCCUCGACUUAAUAGUCAAUAAGUAACAAUUGGCCAUUAGCUUCAUUAAUUUUCUUAAAUCUAUCCCAUGAUGAUCUUCCACUCAUUGUUCAUAAAUUGAACUCCAUAUACUACAGAUUAACACAUGUGUGUACAUGUUUCUAUUAGUUAACGAUAUACUAUGUAACCAUAGACAAUGGUAACUAUAGCCAAUUAAAACCACAGUGUUACUAUGUAAAUAUGUAUAAAUAUACUAUACUGUCCAUCUUUAUACAAUGACAUUAUUUAUGAAUAGUCCCAAGACGGACGAAAAGUACUUUAAAAUGUUAAAAUGUUAUUAAACCAGUGUUGAAAUCAGUUUGUGUCGGCAUACCCUUUUUUUUUUAUCUUUUUCAUCAUUUACCGUGAAACAAAGUAGUGCAGCUUUGCGGUUGUGCAAAUAAUUUUGGAUACAUAUAUAUAUACAUGUAUAUAUAUAUAUAUAUAUAUAUAAUUAUUUCGAUUGAUACACAGAUUUUAAAGGGCUAAUCCCGAUAAUUUUUUGAAGAAUAAAACUGUUUAAUUUUGUUUUAAAAUCCCUUAAAAUCCUCUACCUAAAGGCCUAGCAACUAACUCAAUAUUUGUGAUAAGUUUUCAAAUAACUGAAACCUGUCAGUCUUCAUCUGGAAAUGGAGACCGGUGUCCCAAGCUGUAUUAUGCGUGUCUAGAUAAAACCAGACAUUUUUUGUAUAAAAAUAAUGUGUAGGCGAAAUUUACCUUUCAUUAUCAAGUACAGCAUUUGGGUCAUUUACUGUAUAGACCUCUCAAUGAACGGGAAUCGAUUAUCGGUCUCCCAACGAAAAAAUUGACCCGAAAUCUUAAAAGGGUUACGUGUCCGGAUAAGCAGUUUUGACGAUCACGUCCAAACGACUCAAUAUUUUGAGCUGAAAUUUUUAGAUUCGGUCAAUACACCAUUCCUCUAUAUUUUGGCGUUUAAAUUUCAUACAUACUCAGACUUUUAUUUUUGAGACUCUGUUCAAAUAAGGGAUAGUCCCUUUAAGGUCGUGAGACGAACUAGUACAUUGAUUUUAAAUGAUUUUGGGUAACUUGAUUGGGUGAAUCCAUGGUAUUAAAUGUUUUGUAUACUAAAUGUUAGCAUGGGCCAAACAAAUUCUAAUGAUUUUCUGAUAAUUACUUAAUGAGUUGUUACUCUUAAACAGAUUUUAGUGUAUUAUAAAUGUUUCAUUACCAACAAAAGUAAAAAUAUGCGACAACUCAUGUUGACUGCCCGGACGAUUUAGCUGCAGUGGGCGUAUGUUUCAUUGCCUUGCAACCUAUCUUUCAAUCAAUUAUUAACUGACGAUCUUGUUUCAAUCCAUUGAAAUUUGCGAGCUUCUGGUGGACUAGAGAGUUGAGUAUGGUCUUGACAAGUUAAUAAAUGUCUAAUCAAUAAUUUAUAUAAUGUAUGAGGCCAAAAGAAACACCUGAAA